CACCGAGGAUCCGCUCUGCCAGGAUGGUUUUCUCGCUUGCGGAGACGGAUCCUGUGUCGAGAGGGGUCUCUUCUGUAACGGGGAGAAAGACUGCAGCGACGGCUCCGACGAGAACAUUUGCGACAUGGACAACGAUCCGAACCGAGCGCCGCCCUGCGAUCCGACCGUCUGCGUUCUGCCGGAUUGCUUCUGUUCCGAGGACGGCACAAUGAUCCCCGGCGAUCUACCGUCCAAGGACGUGCCUCAGAUGAUCACGAUCACCUUCGACGACGCGAUCAACAACAACAACAUCGGCCUCUACAAGGAGAUCUUCAACGGCCGACGAAAGAAUCCGAACAGUUGCGACAUAAAGGCCACGUUCUUCGUCUCCCACAAGUACACCAACUACUCGGCCGUCCAGGAAAUGCACAGGAAAGGCCAUGAGAUCGCCGUUCACUCUAUCUCCCACAACGACGACGAACGGUUCUGGUCGGACGCAACCGUCGACGACUGGGCGAAAGAGAUGGCCGGCAUGAGGAUCAUCGCGGAGAAGUUCGCGAAUUUGACCGACAACAGCGUGGUCGGGGUCAGGGCCCCGUACCUCAGGGUCGGCGGUAACAAUCAGUUCACGAUGAUGGAGGAACAGGCGUUCCUCUACGAUUCCACCAUCACAGCGGCCCUGAACAACCCACCACUAUGGCCUUACACGAUGUACUUCAGGAUGCCGCAUCGAUGCCACGGAAACCUUCAACACUGUCCCACAAGAUCGCACGCAGUCUGGGAGAUGGUGAUGAACGAGCUGGACCGUCGGGAGGAUCCCCAGAACGACGAGUACCUGCCCGGUUGCGCGAUGGUCGACUCGUGCAGCAACAUAUUGACCGGCGAUCAAUUCUACAAUUUCCUACGACACAACUUCGAUCGCCACUACGAGCAAAAUCGGGCCCCGUUGGGUCUCUACUUCCACGCCGCCUGGCUGAAGAACAAUCCGGAGUUCCUCGACGCGUUUCUCUUCUGGAUCGACGAGAUCCUCGCCGACCACAACGACGUCUAUUUCGUGACCAUGACGCAGGUGAUCCAAUGGAUCCAGAAUCCACGCACGGUGACCGAGUCGAAGAACUUCGAGCCGUGGCGGGAGAAGUGCGUGGUCGACGGUUAUCAGGCCUGUUGGGUGCCGCACACCUGUAAACUGACCUCGAAGGAGGUACCCGGGGAGACGAUCAAUCUGCAGACCUGCGUACGUUGCCCGAACAACUACCCAUGGGUGAACGAUCCAACGGGCGACGGUUUCUACUAAGGCCUGCCUCGUGUCUCGUUAAAAAAACGUGUCCGAAAAAACUCCAAUCUGGAUCCUCUUGCCUGUCGUUCGGGCGUUCACACCUUAGAUCUAUAUUCUUGAAUUAUUUCCCAUCCCUUUUAUACUAUUGGUCGAUGAUCCACUCUUCACGAGUUUCACGGCGGACGUUAUCGACACGUCGUUUUCGAUCGGGGAACAAGGUCAGGCCAAAAUGGUUCUUUAUGAAUGUCAGGGUAAUUCGCAUAAAAAGAGCCGCCAGAAGUUUCGUUAGUUUGAGAGAUUACGGAGCGAGUGGUCGACGAGGAUGUCGACUUGGAUCGAUCCCCGACCGAAAAUCGUCUAUUUCGUUCAACCGACGAUCUGUGAUAAGUUCCGAACGCCUCGAGAUUCAACGACCAGGACCGAGCACGUCGACGAGACAACGAAUCAUUCAUUCGAUAUCAUGGUCAAACAGUUUCUUCCCCCCCCCCUCCUUUUCAACGAAACUCGAAACGGAGCGAGUCCCGCUCGAUUUUGUAUAAUACGAACGCGUGUCCCUCUCAUCCCCCACCCCCUACCCGUUAACCUGAGGAAUUCCUGCUCCACGAAGGGGGACACGAACGAAUCAGCUGGGCUGGUGUCCACCCCGACACGGAAAAGAUCGAUGAUCCA